CAGGUAAAUCGAUUUGUUGUCGCGUUUCAAUUCUCCUACAACUGUUUAAGUUGCGCAAUGGAUAGUCAUCACGAUUAAUUCGCAAUAUCUGUCCAGGUAUUUUUCAGCGCACCGUCAAAACGUUCAGGGUUCUCUAUUUCCUGGAUGCACCCCAUGUUUCGAGCCCAUAUCCUAAUGCCUGCACUAGUUAUUUAGGUCAUUGUCUUAAUCAUUGAUGUCUCCUCUCCUACGUCGCCAGAAAACUUUGAAUUAAUCGACACUGAAAAUCAGGAAAGAGCAAAGGUCGCCGAGUCGCGCCCGAUAUCGCAAUUAUUAUGGCUCCAAAUUUUCGCCAAAAUACGCAAACGCGACGUGGAAACCGAAGCGGGUAUGUCGAGCAUGACGACUUCGAGGGUUUACCCGUUAGACAAUGGCGUCAAGAAUGGGUCAAGAUAGCGCCGCCACCCCCUUCUGACACCACCCAAAAGAAUGACGUAUGGGCAAUUGAACUUCCACAUGGCAUGCCCAAGGACUCGCAUUUACUUCCCACACAUACUCAAGAACUAUUAAGGGCGGCUCGCUCUGGGAGACUAUACAAACGCCCACCGCCUGCCGAAGAAGAAGAGGUCGACCCAGAUGCCGCCCUGGCUGAGAAACCAGACAAAAAAGAAGAGGACCCGAGUACUAAGGGUUACCAAGUCAAGGUCUGGAAACAAGUCGCUCGCAAUGCUGAGGGGUCUACUAUCUCGCAUCUAGCUAAAAGGAGGAAAGGCCUCAUCACCCUAUCCUCAAGUAUCCCCGCUGGCCCAUCAUCUGGGCCUACCAUAAUGAAAGCUACCGUUCGUCGAGUCGACGCUGCCGGUAAUCCGUAUACACAGGAGAUCACAUUGAACGAAGGUCAGCCCGUGGACGGAGAAAUUAUAUCAACCACCAUCGUACCGAUAGUCAAUCCUGCUGCAAGUGCCGAUACGCCUGUCGCUGCAACACCAGCAAGAAGACGACCGCCUCCACCAAAGAGAAAGCCUAAGGGUCCUGGAAGGGGACGUAAGAAGAAGCUGCCUUUACCCGUAAAUACGCGGCCCGAGGUAGUAACUACAGACGUAGAUUCUACUACUGGGAGCACGAAAUUAAGCGGUCCAGAAGUUGGAAAAAUCAAGCCGGGCGAUCUAUCUGAAUCUAAGAACCAGGAUAGUGAAAUGGCCGAUGAUGAUGAGGGGGACGAUGGCGAAGAUGAUGGGGAGGAAGGCGAUGAUGGUGAUGAGGGGGAUGAAGAGGAUAGCGAGAUGCCAGAUGGAGACGGUGUGGCAACUUUCCAGGUCGAAAGUGAAAUUAAAGACGAGACAAAAGCUGGACCAUCGCCUGCAUUGGAAGCUUCAACAAUCGCGCUAGCAGAGCCUCUCACAGAGGCGACGCCGGUGGACGUUUCAACCGAAGCUAGCCUACCACCUACUAAAUCACCUUCGCCCCCUCCCAAUAUCAACUUACCCCCUACUCAAUCCCCUCUGCCGCACAUUCCAUCGCAUUUUGAGGGAAGUCCACUCAGAAAUGUUAUGGCCGCUGCCACACCAACAACUGAUUCAUCAUCAAAGUUUACGCUGGAGAAUGGAGAGCCCUCGAAUCCCAUCACCACGUUCGAAACUAGGCCGCCUGAAGUGUCUUUGGAACCAACUCCAGUGCUCGCCGAACCCGCUAGUUUGGUUGGCCCGAACGAAACGAAAAUAGACGUAGAUGUGGAAAUGUCUGGUGUUUCUCAUACGGGACAUAGUGACAUCGUAGAGCAACCCACAUCGGUCCGCGGAAGGCAGCAAUCAGGCGACGCGGCUUUCACUAAUAUGUUGCCAACCCCAGAUAAACCCCACGUCGAAGAGAGCCCUACAACGCGUCCCUCACCAGAGCCUACAGCUGUGCCAGAAACUCUAGGCGCCCUACAUCUGAUAGAGGACGAUGUUCCCAAGACAUCCAUGAACAUUGAGUCAAACCAAGAGCCACUGGGUUCGGAUACGGCGCCCGCGCCUGUGGAUAUCACCUUGGCUCCAGAACUCGUCGAUACUAAAAUAGAACCUACCGUGGUAGAAAGAGCAGAGGAGAACGAGCCUGAAAGCCCUGAUUUAUUCAGUGGGUUAGAGGCCGCUUUGAAUCAACAAGGCGGACCAAGUGAACCUUCAGCUCCUCCAGAGGUCAGGACAGACAUGCACAAAUCAGAAUGAAUAGGGUUGAUGUGAGUCUGAAGGACACGGCGAUAGGACUAAACCCUUUCAGAGAAUAGACAUGCCGAAGACGAAAGGUACCUAGACAUUGUUAAGAAAACUUUAUAUAUGGUAAGACGGUUGAGUCUAAGGAUUGGAGUUGUAAGGUGCAUGAUACCUACCUACCUCGUAGGUAUAAAUAUUUUUAGAGGUUGUCAGUAAGGUACCUCGCUUUGUCACAUUUAUAGCUAUUAAUUUACGUACAGCCUAAACUCUAGAUAGCUACGGGAAUAUUUGUAAUUAUGUACA